GAGGGGAGAAGCGGGGAGGCGGGGACCGCCAUCGCGCCGCUGAGGGGAGCGAGCGCUGCCGCUGGGGGGUCGCUGCCGCUCCCCCCGCUGAGGCGCUGGGGGGGAGGCUCCCGCAGGACCCCGCCGUUGUCUCUUCCCUUCCCCGGCCGGCGGACCCCUCGGGCGUCGAGCAAUUAUUGUCUUGGUUAUGAGCCAGUGCUUCGUGUUUCAGAAUUCUUCAUUUUGAAUUUUUAAUAAAAUUGAAGAUGUCCAGUAUGGAUCCCCUAACAAACCUGAAUAAAAAGAGAUGAAGAUGAACCAGAGCGUUUCGAUGGUCUUUCUCUCUUAUACUGGACGAUUAUGGGCCCUCAUGGAAUCAAUCGAGCUGUUCACCGCAUUUCUUUUUCUGAUUGUCAGAAUGGAUUAGGAGUUAAAAUUAUUGGAGGUUACCGGACACAAACCGCAGAAGAUUAUGGGAUUUUCAUAAAGAGAAUUCUACCUGGAGGGGUUGCUGCUGUAGAUAGCCGUUUGCUCACGGGAGACCUCAUUUUGGAUGUCAAUGGAGAAAACUUAAUUGGAGUAACCAAUGAAAGGGCUGUUGACAUCUUGCGAACAGCUUCAGCCUCUAAUCACAUGUCUCUGCUAGUUGCCAGAGAUGAAGAAGCAAAGAAAGAGUUUCUUGACCUGAUGGAUAAGUAUGGCUCUCACAGUGACACCAACUCUGCAAGAAGUUCUCCAACACAACUAUUAACUGGAAAACCUGUAGACAACCUUUCGUCUGGGUCAUCCUCAAGGUCACAGAGUCCUCAAUUGCAUCCAAAGGAUAUUAUUACCACCAUUAGCAGAAAUAAUUCUGUCCCAGCACCAUCACCAAAGCUUCCAAAGGAUAGUGCGUUUCAGAUUAUCUCUGUUUGCAAAGGAACAAGCCUAGGUUUGAAUAUUGUUGGAGGAAUUGACAGAAAUGAAGGGCCUUUGGUAUACAUUCAAGAAAUUAUUCCUGGUGGUGACUGUCAUAAGGAUGGACGAUUGCAGCCUGGAGAUCAACUAGUAUCCAUAAACAAAGAGUCAAUGAUUGGCGUCUCCUAUGAAGAAGCAAAAAGUAUAAUCAACAGAGCAAAGAUGAGGUUUGGAAGUUUUUGGGAGAUAGCUUUUAUAAGACAAAAAAAUAUUCCCAGUUAUUCAGAGAAUCUGCCACGUCCUUCCAGUCUCUUAACAUCUUCUGGAACGUACGGAGGACAACAAGCUGCAGUCCUUAGUCCUCUAGCGUCUCCUGAUGGGAAGCUUGUUUCAACAUUCACUCCUAAUGCUAUGGAAACUGGAGUCAAAAUGGAAGAGCAAUCUCCAAUUACUUCUGCAGAGGGCAGUCCUACUGAUGUCUCAGUUCCUGUCAUUGCACCCAGCCAGAAUGAUGAUUAUGAGCUGCAAGGAAGGAAGACUUUCUUGAACUCUACUAUUCGUCUCAAAGCAGAAAAGCUGGAGAGGGCAUUGAAUUAUCUGGGGAUUCAGCCCACAGUUGAACAGCAGCAAACGCUAAGGCAGCAACUUCAGAAAGAUUCUAAAGGAACAGUGUCUUUUGGAGAUUUCAUUGAAGUUUCAAGGAGUCUGUUCUCCAUGCAACUGAAUGCAACAGAUGGUGGCCAAAAUCCUGUAACAUUUGGGAUCAAUGAAAUUGCCGGUUUAUUACAUUCACAGUUUGUAACCUGUGGUUCUUUGGAGGAUGACAUGGAAAAGCUUAAAAAAGAAAAGGAUGAAGCUUUAAAAGAAAUGAGCAAGUUAAAGGAAGAAUUGUCUGAAUCUGUGAAUUUACAGAAACAGUUAACAGAGGAGCUACAAAUAGUCAAGCAAGAAGCCAAGGCAGCUGUAGAGGAGACAAGAGCCUUGCGAAGUAGGAUUCAUCUUGCUGAAGCUGCACAAAGACAGGCUCGUGGAAUGGAGAUGGACUAUGAAGAAGUAAUUCGCCUGUUAGAAGCUGAAAUCGUAGAGCUGAAGGCUCAGCUCACUGAUCAUUCUGGCCAAAAUAAAGAUAACAUCCAAGACUUGAGAAAGAGAGUUACAGUGCUUGACUGCCAGCUGCGGAAAUCAGAAUCGGCUAGGAAGACCUUUGAGGUGGCUACUGAAAAAUUACUACAAUUUAUAGAGGUUGUACAUGAAAUACUUUCAGAUAACUCUACUCCCUCAACAGUUCUAAGUGACAGAAGAAUAACCUUGUCUUCUAAAGCACUUCUUGCCCGGUUGGGAAGGAUUGGACCAACUGUCACCACAGCUCUUGCAGCGGAAGCCAGAGACCUUGCCAAGUCUGUCCGUGCCAUUUUGGAAGUAGAUUGUCUACCUUAUGGAUGGGAAGAAGCUUAUACAGCAGAUGGAAUCAAAUACUUCAUCAACCAUGUGACCCAGACAACAUCAUGGAUCCAUCCUGUAACCAGCGCACUAAGCUUGCGUUGCUCUGAGGAUGACGACGAUGGAAUAAGAGAGUCUCCUGGGUCCAAGAGCUGAGGACAUUCUGCUGACAGAAAGUAGUUUGUCUAAUUUCAGUACAUUAGUGAGAAGAUGCACACUUUUUAAUCUAAUUACUUUCUAGUCUGAUGUAAUAGUACCCGAUGACACUUCUCCCCUUAAGUCAGAGAGAGCACUGCCAUUUGUUUAGGUGGGUUUGUUCUUGGGUGCCUCAAAAUCUGCAGAAGUCUCAGUGCAGUCCUUAACCUGCCCCAGUUCAGUGUGCAGGGAUCAGGCUUACCUUGGGAGCUGAUCCAGUCUUUUCAUGACUUCUGUAUUGGCAUAACUCCAUUGACCUGAAGUCAAUUUUCACAGUUUUGACCAGCAUGAGAGUUAGAUUGGGCCAUUGGAUGUACUUCACCUGGUAAAUUCCAGCUGAUGCUUUGCUGAAAGGUGCGAGGUGAGCUUUUGCUUUUUUUAACCAAUGCUAGUGAGUGUAAUGUAGAUAGAUGCCCUUUGUGCAACUACUGAAUAAUCUGAUUUUUAUAGAAGAAGUUUGUGAAGGAGUUUUGCUGAUAGAAAUUUGGUAAUUUAUUACAAGUAUUGGAGUCCUGAUGACUUGUAAAACAAAUACUUUAUUAAGAUCAGUGGUUGGACUUUAGGAAAAUGAAUCUUUGAUAAGUUGUCAAGUAAAAAGAAAAAGUUUUGGUAGAGGACACCAUGCUCUGUCAACAAUAUGAGGCCAGAAAGAAAAUUAUUCUACUUUUGUGCUCUGCUAAACCGAUACAUACAUGCAUCAAAUACUUCAGUGGAAGCUGUGAAGUUUCAAGUACAAUGAAACCUGUGAAACCACCUCCAGGAUCAGCAGAAAUCAGUCACCUCCUCAAAGUUGAUCUUUAAGUAGAACAAAAUCAUUUUGUAAACAUUGGUGAUGAUUUAAAGAGGAUAAAGAAAAUGACAGGGAGUGCUACUGCAAUCUAAUGAACAAGUUUCACUGUACUUCAAAAGCACAAGAUAUUUUAAAUCUCAUUAUUCACAGCUCAACAUAUGAUGCCAGCUUAGUCAAAUAUAUGAUUCUAUGCUGUUGUUUUUUUUCUGGAGGCUCUUUGUGUGUGUGUGUAUUAUAUAUAUUAUAUGGUAGGUGUUGACUAAUGAAUGAAAGAAGGAUCUGAAACUUUGCAGAGGCACUGAUGAAUAUCCCAAAGGAAAACCCUCUCUCUGAUCUUCAGGCCAAGAAGGAGAACAGUAUUUUAACAGGGUGAGAAAGGCACAGGCUACAAUCUGCAUUUUCCUAAGGUGCAUGCUUCAGGAUUUCAAAACAUCCAUGAAAAGGUUGAGGCACCCAUCUACACUCCACCACAUCCUUACUGGCUGAUACAAAGAAAUGAGGCUGUACAGCCACAUUUUUUAGAGGUCUGUAUCCAGCAGGUUUGUCAUUAGAGUUAAAAAUCCAUGCAGUCAGGGGAACGGAUAUAAAGACCAGACCAUGCCAAGUCAGGCACACUGUGGCUGUUGAUCCUUUUGAAUCAAAAAUGAUACACAGUUUUAACCCAAGUCAAGUCUCUUUGAAUAGCAGUGCAGCAAUUUACUGCAUAUGGCCUGUGAGCUGCAGAGCACAUCACCAAAUGUUCUUCCUGCAGGAACAAAGUGCAGCUCACAAAAGAGUUUUUUGCAGGCUUUGCUGGAAGAAGAUGUCAGGAUAUUUUGAAUAAGCAAAUAGGAAAAAAUGUUUUGUACUUUUAACUAGGUCAGAACCAAAUUAUCCAUGAAUCUACACAGGUGGUGUGGAUUAGAAGGAAGAGCUUGCUCAGCAGACCCACAGUAACAUAUAUUUCUGAGAAAAUUUCUCAUAGCAGUAACACUUAAAUGCUUGUUUGUAUUUCGCUCCAAUGGCUCCUACGUGCUUCAUAGCCUCCUUUGUGUUCCCCAAGAACAGUCUGAAGGCACAAAGCAUGUGCUUCAGUUUCAGGGCCAGGCACUCUAGAUGCACCUCUAUUUAAAUCCCUUUUCUGAAAAUGGCAUAGACUCAUGACCCAUAAACUGUACGUAAGGUUCUGAAUUCCUUGCAAUAUUUAAUGUAACCUUAGUAGUAAUUUGACUGAUUAAUGACAGGCACUUCUGGUUCAUAAUUCCAUGGUAGUAUGCAGUUCCAGAUCACAUAUAGACUCCGGUUUUCCAGUUCUGUUUCAGAGAGUUUUGAAUCUCCACUUGACCCCCGCAGUCGAUUUAUUCUGCUAGUGGCUUUCUGACAGCUAGCUGGGUGUUUCAAAUAGGCGAAGCUAUUUAGGGACAGAGACUGUGGAUCAGGCAGGCUUCAUCAGCAGAGGCUGUAUAGAGACCUAGCAGCAAUUUAAAGCUGUUCUGCUAGAUCAGCUGGAGGAGGACAGCUAUGCGCAUACUGCUUGCCCUUCCUGAGGAGCUGGUAAUGAUCUCUUGCUCCGAGCAUGCAAUGCACAGCCUGCUGUGCACGAGAGGGGAAGAAAUCAAGACAAAAUGCUGGCGUUCUGCUGGCUUUGCUUACUGCCUCCACCCCCAGAUGAGAACAUUUCAGAAACCUGGAGACUAUUUCUCCCUCUCUCUUAUAAAUUUGCCUAGAAAUUAAAGACGUUAGAUAGAUGCAGAGAUCUAUUUCUAGCUUCUUCUCCAGUAAGCAUUAUCUCUUCAGAUAAUCCACUAGAUCAGAUUCUCUGCUAUUGAGGCUACAUUUUCAUACCUAGAAUCUCCAAAUGUUCUAAUCUAUUUUUGUACGCUGGCAUACUUGUUUCCUAGGUUAUUCCUCUCUAUCUCCCCUUGUCUCUUCCUUUCUGUGAAAUAUUUUGUGAAAUUGUUUUGAUUAAGGGGAACUGCGUAUAUUGAAAAAAUGGUUCUAGGAUAAUUUCAAAAGAAUUUUUAAAGAACAGUUGUCAAAAUAUGCAACACUGUAAACAAUAACUUUUCAUUUUUAUUGCAGAAUAAAAA